UUGGCACGUGCAUACGUAGUUACAGUGUCGUCGCACUAGGAAGUAGUCAUCAGCAAACGAAAGUUGGGCACCAUUAAAAAUAAAUAUAAUGCAGUUGCGCUAGUAUGCGUUCAUGACAUGUCUUUACCAGUCGUGUUGCAUCAUGUGGCUUCCCCGGACUUUAUGGGUGCGUGCCCAUAGUUUGUUCAAGAACAUCUCUGAUUACAGUUUUCAGCAAGUAGAAGUAGCACAACGGUAUUACUGCAGUGGAAAACGCGCAACAGACAAACUUCAGAGAACCAGUCAAGAAAAGAAGUCAGUUAUUUGUAUAGAAGGAAACAUUGCCAGUGGGAAGACCACCUGUUUGGAGUACUUUUCUAAAACAAGCAAUAUUGAGGUUGUCACAGAGCCUGUUUUUAAAUGGCGAAAUGUACAAGGUCACAACCUUCUGGGUUUGAUGUAUCAGGAUCCGUCAAGGUGGGGAAUCACAUUGCAGACAUAUAUCCAAUUAACCAUGCUGGAUCUGCAUACUUCAACGCAUAUUAUGCCUGUUCAAAUUAUGGAGAGAUCAAUUUACAGUGCUAAGUACAUAUUUGUCGAAAAUCUUUACAGAAGUGGGAGAAUGCCUGAGGCAGAUUAUGUUGUCUUGACCAAAUGGUUUGACUGGAUCAUCCAGAACAUCAACAUUUCCUUAGAUUUGAUAGUCUACCUUCAGACUACUCCCGAGACAUGCUAUGAGAGAUUGAAAAAGAGACGUAGGGAAGAAGAGAGUGACAUUUUAAUGGAAUAUUUGGAAUCCGUCCAUCAACUACAUGAAGACUGGCUAAUUAACAAAACAAUGUUUGAAGUGCCUGCACCAGUACUAGUUAUCCCUGCUGACCAUGAUUUGCAGAAAAUGUUAAAACAGUAUGAAGAAAACAGAGACCGGAUUUUAUCUGCAAAUGCAUCAACAGAUCUCAGGACAGCAUUCUUAGUAGUGGCUCCAACCGUGCUACCUUCAAAAUCCAAGUCCUUUUUUAGAACACGUUUGUAGUUACAACCUUGGGAUCAACUGAAUAACUUUUUUGUGUUCAUCACUGUAACGUUUUGUCAUUGUCACUUUGUUUUUGCAGUAUACAUUUAAUGAGUGCAGUUUACUGGAUCCUUCUGCAGAGCAGUAGAGGAGUAUCUUAUAUGUGACUCCAAAAUUGGUUUUCUGUUGAGAGUAGGGAAGUUAUACUUAAUGUAUUCAGUUAUAUAUUUUUGUACACAUAUUUAUUGUUACUUGUGAAACGUGAAACUAUUUCUUAAUGGUGAGUAAAUUCUCAUAUAUGGUAUGGGGCCAUACUGAUUAUUUAUUUAUUAUGUAUAAAUUUUUACCGCAAGAUUAUAUGUUAGUUUCUAUUUGUUAACAACGUGGAACUGUUUGCAUUGCCAUCCACAGUACAAUGAGAAAUGUGGAAAGCAUUUGAGGUAAGGCGCAGGUAGCACUUCAUGCCUCUUAAGUAAAUUAAAUCACGAACAUUAAAUCAGAAGUGAAUAUAGCAUUUUGUGGAAAGUGAUUUUUGCUCCAGGAAGAUACUGGAAUACACACUGGACCUGUUUUUUGUGAAACUACUGUGAGAAAGACAGCAUUCAAACCAUUGCUUUGUUUCAUGUUGGGUAAGAUGGUAUCCUUUUCUGUUCUUAACAGGUCUUCAGUUUACAUGAAUAAAACAUUUUACAUAACAGAAAA